AGAGAUGGGGGGGGGUGUCAGCAAUGAGGUUGUAUCGUAUGUGGUAGUUAAAUUAGAUUACGUGAAAGGAAGAAAAAGAAACGCAAUGGUAAUAGCAUAUGACAGUAAAUUAAUGUGACGAUAAAAUAAUCAAUUAAUCAAUCUCAUUCACUGCUGGAUAUUCUUUCCCUCACAACCACUGACGUACAACCUUUUUAAGACACUUUUGUGUGUGUGUCUGUGUGUGCUAGUCUCUCAAAUAGUUUUGUGAUAUAGAAACGACAAAAAUAAUAUUUUUGUAUCUUCUGUGUCUGUGCAAAUUAUCUUUUGCAAUGCCCUGAACGUUAACAGCAAAGAUUACCAUAGCAGUAAAAUGAUUAAAUACGAAUAUGUGUUUAUGUGUGUCUGCGUGGUGUUGCCUAAGCACUAAUGUCGUAUUGUGCUGAAUGUUCCAUGUGGAAUAUUCGCAUCAUAAAAUAUUAGAGAAUAAAAAUCCUUGCUCACAACCAUACUUACCUCGGAGCUUGGAGGCGCAACCUUGAGUUUAGCUGGGCAUCAGAGAGUCGCUCAGCCUGCCUUCCAGUAUUCCAGUAACGUACCGCUACAAGAUAUUGCCGAGUAAAGAUGAAGAUUAUGAAGGAUAAUCACGCAUUUCAACCGAGCGCUCGAUCACAUGAAUCGAGAUUGAACGACGCUUCUCUUACGGUUCCCUUUAGCAUUCAUUAUCUUUCGCUUUGCUCUCUCACCACCACAAUUUUCAAAGGCAGCAGAAGUUACUAGUCGGGUUUCAUUGAAGUUUCUCCUGUUAGUAAUGUAGAAAUCUUGUUAAUCUGUAACUAAAUCCAUAAAAACACUUAAAAACACGUGACACUUCAAACAGAACCUUUUAAUUGUAGUGAAGGUGCGGGGCAAAAGUGUUUCAGAAUAUUGUUUCGAAUAUGUUGUGUCUUUAGCUUCCUUGGUCUCGAUACUCGGCAUGAACUUGAAUUAGAGUAGGGAGUCACCCAGUGUGGAUUGUCGGUGAGACUUGGUGAGGCCUUUGGAACGGCGCUCUCUCCACACACACACACACACACACACACCUGCGGGGAAAAGACAAGAAAAGGGGCAAAGCUAAGGAUUCACUGCCUCUUCUUACCUCCUUCCCAUGUACUUGGUAUGGCUGUACACCGUGCAGCAACACUACAGGAUGUUGACGGGACUGCUGCUGCUGCUACUCUUGCUGUGUGGGGCAGGGCGAGGCGCAGACUCCUCGCUGAAUAUGGCUUUGGAAUAUGUACAGCAGACAGCGGCGGAGAACGCAGUGCAUUACCUUCCUGUGGCCGUGUCUCCAACCAGUCCCUGUGGCCGGGCCCUCAGCACCAUGGUCGAGGACCUGCAGCGCAACCUCACGUGGCCAGCCUUCAUGAUGGACUCGUGGGGCAAGAAUACUGACGGGAUCCUUUCUGGCAAUAAAUAUAACGGCCUCUACGAUGAGUGUGUGACUGCGGCUUCUCCGGACAGCACCAUCAAGGGAAAGUACUGCAGGAUUCAUCCUUCCAGACUUGGAAAUUUAGACGUGGAGGCGACGUUUGCCCACCAGCAGCUUCCGUUGGGACGUGCCCCGGGGAAACUAGAUUUUUCUUUGGUGAGGGAGUGGGCACAGAAGCCACGGAUGACCAUUUUUCCUGAAAUGGAAUACGGAACCUGUAUGCCUAAUGUGUGCACCAAGGAGGAACUCCAGGACAGUCUUGCCCAGUACCUAGUUCCCACUGGAGUUUUUCCUGCAGUCAUCUUUUGUGAGGAGCAAGACACUGACCUCCAGUUUACAGAUGGUGAUAUAGGAUUCGUGUCCUUGGCCACUUUCCUGCUGGUGCUCAUUGGCUGUGCUUCCCUCGUGGACAUCUACCUUCAUUUCAGCAGCAGUGACUAUUUGGCCAAAGGUGCUCUCCGUUACCUGCUGGUGUUCUCUGCUUACACCAACCUAAGUAAGAUGUUCCAGGUAAACCUCAAGGCCAAUCCAAGGAACAUUACCUGCCUGCAUGCUAUGAGAACACUUUCCAUGACGUGGGUGAUAUGGUGUCAUCAGUCAAACAUUCCUUUUCCAAAUACAGCAAAUAUAUUACAAGUAUUUCAGAAGUUUGAGAGCAUCCUUGGCCAGACUCUCCUCAAUGGAUACCCCAGUGUAGACACUUUCUUUUUCCUGAGUGGCCUCUUGCUGUCUUACAGUGUUCUCAAGGAAACCAAAAGAACCAGAUCCUUUAAUAUCUUCCUCUUCUACUCCCACAGAAUCUUACGCAUCGUUCCAGCUAUUGGCAUCAUGUGUGGAUUUCAAGCUACUGUGAUGCGCUUCUUUUUAUCCGGUCCAUUGUCCUAUGUGUGGAAUAUGUCUUGGCAAACCAGUUGUGCCAAAAACUGGUGGAAGGAUGUCACCUUUGUCAAUAACUUCAUACCAGAUGGUGGAUCAUGCUUGCCACAGACUUGGUACAUUGCAGCUGACAUGCAGAUGUACUUGGUGGCACCCCUCAUCAUUCUUCCCCUUUAUUUCUAUGAAGAUAUUGGCAAGGCUUGGCUCCUGCUCUUGACAGCUUUGUCUGCCAUCAUCCCUGCUGCUAUCAUUUACGACAAAAACCUUCCUCCAACCACACUCAUAUCCAUUGAUUUAAGUCUCUACCAAAAAUACUUUAACCUGGUGUACCUGCCCCCCUGGACUCGUGCAAGCCCUUGGUUGGCCGGGGUUUGGGUGGGGUACAUUUUCUUCAAGCAAGGCAACACAAGAUACAAGAUGAGCCCAUUGGUGGUGACAGUGGGGUGGACGCUUGCUGCCAUCACAGGCCUUCUGGUGGUGUUUGGCAUGUACAGCUACAACCACUUCAUAUCGCCAACACCUUAUGAGUUGAUGUCAUGCUUGACAUAUGGUGGCUUGCACCGGCUGGCCUGGGGUGCUGCACUAAGCUGGUUGGUGUUUGCAUGUCACAAUGGUUAUGGAGGUGUGGUGAAUGGAUUCCUGUCACAUCCAGUGUGGCAGCCAAUCAGCCGCCUCACCUAUGCUACAUAUCUAGUGGCCUUCCCUGUGCAGUAUUUCCUGUUCUACAACUCUCGAGAUGUAUACUAUUUCACCCACAUCAACACGAUCAUCUCAACAGUGGGUGCUGUGGUCAUUGCUAUUGGUGGUGCUUUGUUGCUGUCCCUCAUGGCUGAGUCCCCUAUUGUUGGCUUAGAGAAAAUACUACUCAGACCAAAUCAUGGCUCAUCUCCACGGAAGCCUGCAGUACAGGAGAAUGUUGAGCCCCAUGUGCCAACCAAUGGUGUUUCUAACCCUGCCUUCAUGACAGAGAACAUUAUAACAACAGAGAAAACUCUUGAAGCCUCCAAAACAGUGACAGCAUUGUAGAGGCAACUAUCAGACCCCUGUUGCCCAAGGUGUCUAGAGUAGCUAUUGUACAUGCAUCAGUCUCUUAGUAGUCAGAGUGCACUUAAAACAUAAUCAUUUGCAAAGGUAGAUAUCAGACUACUGCUGCCCAAAUGUAAUACCAGGGUGUGGAAACACAGGUGUUCAGAGUAGCUCUUGUUGUUGCAUGUAUCAACCUCUUACUGGUGGUGAUGGAUUUAGGUAAACCUUGUCAUCUGAAGAGAUAAUAGAGGAAAAAAAUCACACUUUUAGAUAGAGUAAAUAAAUGUGACUUUUCAUUUAUUGAUUAUUAUGUCAGUGUGACUCAGUCAUGUGUAGAAGUAAUAGUGACAUCUGAAAACUGAAACUUAACAACACACACACACACACACACACACACACACACACACACACACACACACACACACACACACACACACACACACACACACAUAAAGCUGGAUAAAAGUAGAUAUAGGGAUAGGGCAGCACAGCAUUCUCAGAUGCUGUGCACUAUAAAGUGACAAGUAAAUGGCAAAUAAAUUGCAAUGCCUUUUGUAGUUCCAGUGUUUACUGUGAAGGUGUUGUGUUUGCUUAACUCAAGUCAGUUACCACUAUAGAAAUGUUUUAUCUCCCUCCUCACACAUGAGAUGCUUCACCACAAGUUGAACAGUAGAUGGAUGCAUGAGGUAUGAUAUACAUAAAAAGUAAUAUAUAAAGAAUAUUUCAUGUAAAGAAAGUUAUACUAUAGCAGACUUCAUAGUGACUGCAGCAACAAGUAUACCUGCCAGUAUACCAGGUUGACAUCCCCACAAAGGAGGGAUAGCCAAGAUAAAGCAUCCAGACACAUUGCAUAGUGUAGUGGUCAUGUGGGUGGGUGAAUUUGGUCCUGGUGAUGUGACAUUUAGCAAGCCUUUGACAAAAUGCUGCUGAUUUGACCACAUGAUUUCAUUCCUGAAAAAACAGUUAAUACAAAUAAGUAAAUAAUGAAAAUAAAAUAUUGUGCAAAA